GUGAUUAGUUUCUUCGCUCCGGAGUGAACAUGCCUCUGCAGGUUGAGUUGUGUCCCGGCCGCAUGAUCGGAGGAGAUCACCCGUGUUUUAUAAUCGCGGAAAUCGGACAAAAUCACCAGGGAGACAUUGAGAUCGCCAAGAAAAUGAUCCGAAUGGCCAAAGAUUGUGGUGCAGACUGUGCGAAGUUCCAGAAGAGUGAGCUGGAGUAUAAGUUUAAUAAGCGUGCUCUGGAGAGACCCUACACCUCCAAACACUCAUGGGGGAAAACGUACGGAGAACACAAGCGGCACCUGGAGUUCACACACGAGCAGUACAGGGAGCUGCAGCGUUACGCUCAGGAAGUUGGCAUCUACUUCACCGCCUCGGGCAUGGACGAGAUGGCUGUGGAAUUUCUUCACAAACUCAAUGUGCCUUUCUUUAAAGUCGGCUCCGGAGACACCAAUAACUUCCCGUACCUGGAGACAACGGCUCAGAAAGGUCGUCCGAUGGUGGUCUCCAGCGGGAUGCAGAGUAUGGAGACGAUGCGGCGUGUGUAUCAAACAGUGAAGAAACACAAUGAGAAUUUCUGCAUCCUGCAGUGUACCAGCGCCUACCCUCUCGAACCCGAGCACGUUAAUCUGCGUGUCAUCACGGAAUACCAAAAGGAGUUCCCGGACAUCCCGAUUGGCUACUCGGGUCAUGAGACGGGCAUCAGUGUGUCGGUGGCGGCCGUGGCACUGGGUGCGAAGGUGUUGGAGCGUCAUGUGACUCUGGAUAAAAGCUGGAAGGGCAGCGACCACUCCGCCUCCCUCGACCCCUCUGAACUCGCCGAGUUGGUACGAUCCAUCCGAAUUGUGGAGCGGGCGCUAGGCGACGGCAUCAAAGAAAUGCUGCCCUGUGAGAAACCCUGCCAUGACAAGCUGGGUAAGUCUGUAGUGGCGAAGACGGUGAUCCCUAAGGGAACCGAGUUAACCCUCGACAUGCUGACAGUGAAGGUGGCCGAGCCGAAGGGCAUUGCACCGGAGGAAAUUUUCGAGCUGCUGGGGAGGAAAACGAUGAAGGACAUUGGGAUGGACGAGAGCGUGACCGAGAACGCAGUGGAGAACUACGGAAAACGAACCAAAGUGUGAAGAAUCUGGAACUGUUGUGUGUGUCGCUGAUCUUCAGCUGUGUGUGGAUUGUCAUGGUGCUAUCAGCAGAGUGAGAUAGAGAAGAUCGUUCAAAACUUUCAUCACCAAAUAAAGAAUAAAACCGAAAGC